AUGCACUCAGAAUCAGAGCGAGAGCUUGCGCAUAUUCUCCUUGUUGAGUUGUUGGCGCAUCAGUUUGCAUAUCCUGUACGAUGGAUUGAAACCCAAAAUGCCAUCCUUGACGAGUUCAAGGCUGAAAGGAUUGUAGAAGUUGGGCCAACAAAUAUUCUCACAAACAUGAUGAAGAGAACGUGGCGCCAUAAAAAUGAAGUUUCCGAUGAAGUCCAAGGACUCCGCCGCCGUAUAUUGGAUCCCGAAGCAGACUUAUCGGAGAUAUACUAUCAAAUUGGCGUGCCGGAAACUGCAGAAGCUGACGCAGAGACUCCUGAUAUGGUCACGAUAGGCAACCUUGAAACUUGUCAAGAUGAUUCACUUAGCACCCCUCAACUACAGUCAAUAUCACAUUCGGAGGUUAAGGACAUAAUGACAGUAGAGCAACAAUCGCAGUUUGAGGACGCAUCAUUGCCGGUGUCGGCCGUGGUUCUCACGCUUAUAGCCACUAAAUUAAAGAAGCCUCGGGAGACUUUAGACCAGACUAAGUCAAUUAAUCAACUUGUAACCGUAGGGCGUUCCACUCUCGCCAAUGAGAUUAUUGGUGACCUUCAUACAGAGUUCCCAAAUCAGCUUCCUGAUCGUGCAGAGGAGCAGCGCCUUGUAGAUCUGUUUGAAGUUUUACGUAAGGGGCACACUGGAACUUUAGGAAAGAAGACUUCGGCGCUGGUCGCCAACUUCAUCUCUGCCAAGUUGCCAGGAAGCUUCAGUCAAUCACGAGUACGAGAUCAUUUAGGCAAGCAAUUCGGGCUAGGCCCGAUGCGCCAGGAUGCUGUUCUGCUUCUAGCCCUAGCUGAAAGGCUUGAUGCACGUCUCGCUUCUGAGGAUGCGGCGAGAACGUUUUUUGAUGAGAUAACUACGAUAUAUCUGAAGCAGGAGGGCCUGUCGCUUCCUAGCAAAAGCUCAUCUUCAGCUACGGGGAAGAUUGUGCAAUUUGACCAAAAAGCUCUUGAAGUUCUCAAUGAGAGAAGUAAUGAAUUACUACACGAUAUAAAUGCUGUCAUUUUGCAGCACCUCCCUGAAAGCAGUAUGAAUAGCACAGAAAAUUCGAAACCUGGCGAAGACAAAGCAGUAUUGGAUGAGCUUGACUUAUGGCGCAGCGAGCAUGGCGAAAAUUACGCUGAAGGCAUCAAACCAAUCUUCGAUAUCAGGAAGCAACGGUUUUAUGACUCAUACUGGAACUGGUGUUCACGAGACAUCGCUCUUUUGUUCGACCUAGCGAAGGAGCCUAGGUCGCACAAUGCCGCGUUGAUUGAGGAGCUUACAACUUCCAUCAUAAAUCGCACAUGCGAGCGUUCUAUUGCCCAGAUCCAAUAUCUUUGCUCCAAAACUCAUGGAGAAAAGAACUACUUGGGCCGCAUCAUGAGGUUUUGCCUACAGGCGAGCAUUUCAUCGAAAAGCCGAGACCCAGUAUUCAUGGACAACUCACCCGACUUGGCACCUCUCACUACAAUCGACGACGAAGGAAAUAUCAAGUACUGUGAGAUACAACGCAACCAACCAGCCAAGACUCGAAAGUCGUCUAUUCCGCAGAUGCCUUAUUCUGUAGGGACAUAUGAUCACGGUACCUUGACAAUGUCUGACAGACUCACCUCGGCAUAUGCUGAAGACAUUGAUGCAGCACGUCACUCUGGUUUUACCUUUAGGGGACGAAACAUCUUGCUUACUGGCGCUGGUCAAAACUCUAUUGGCUUCAGCCUUUUGAAGUAUCUGCUUCAAGGAGGUGGGAGAGUCACAGUUACUACAAGCACUUAUUCUCCUGACGCCACCAGGAUGUACCAGGCCAUCUACUCCCGUCAUGGAGCAAAAGAUUCAGCUCUGAGAGUUUUACCAUUCAACCAAGGCAGUCAAAAAGAUGUGAAAGAUCUAUCUAAUCAUUUGAUUGACGAAUGGGAUCCAGAUUUCAUUAUUCCAUUUGCUGCUAUAUCCGAGAACGGCCGCGAUCUAGAAGGAUUGGAUUCGAAAUCGGAAAUAGCUCACAGAUUGAUGCUCACAAACCUCUUACGUUUGCUCGGUGCCAUAGCCAGAAAUAAGCGCUCCAGGGGCAUAACAACAAGACCAGCCACUGUCGUUCUUCCGCUGUCUCCAAAUCAUGGGUUGAUGGGCAACGACGGCCUUUACGCAGAGUCGAAGCGGGGCCUGGAGUCACUCCUCUCGAAAUGGAAAUCCGAAACAUGGGGCGACUAUCUAUCCAUGCUAGGAGUCAUCAUCGGUUGGACUCGUGGAACGGGCCUGAUGGACGAGAAUGACAUUGUUGCCGAAGGCGUUGAGAACAUGGGCGCACGAACGUUUUCCAAGGACCAAAUGGCUGCCCUUAUUGCCACUCUCUUGGGAGGUAGAAUAAAUGUCGCCUGUCAAUCCAUCCCUCUUGUCAUUGAUAUUGGCGGAGGUUUGGGCAAAGUUGUUGACUUGAAGGAAAAGUUGACAGCUAUUCGUCGAGAUCUUCGCGACGAAGCUGACAUUCGAAGAGCGAUAAUGGACGAGGAGCGCCAAGAAUCCACCAUCACCGGCUAUGACGACGUCAGCCAGAAACCCAAGUUAUUGUCUCCCAAAGCGAACAUACGAAUACAGCUUCCUACGCUCCCUGACUGGGAUCGAGAUUUAUCACCACUUGCAGUUUCACUCGAAGGCAUGGUUGAUCUUAGCCGAACAGUCGUGAUUACAGGCUUUGCCGAACUUGGGCCUUGCGGAAACAGUAGGACCAGGUGGGAAAUGGAAGCACACAGCGUCCUAUCAGUGGAGGGUUGCAUUGAAAUGGCCUGGAUGAUGGGAUUGAUCAAACACGACAGAUCAAUAGUAUAUGGCGGUCAGUCCUGGAGUGGAUGGAUUGACACCAAGACAAAAGAACCGGUUGAGGAGAGCGAUAUCUUUCCGCGGUACAUGGGUUUGAUUCUCGAGCAUACAGGUAUAAGGAAGAUCGAGCCCGCCAUUUGCGACAACAAAUAUGACCCGGAAAGAAAAACCAUUGUUCAAGAAGUAGAGCUAACCAAGGAUCUACCGCCAUUUGAAUCUUCGUCCGAAGUGGCCCAAUAUUUCAAGCUUCAACAUGGGGUCAAAGCUGUGAUCAGCGAGACGAAUUCAGGGUUGUUCACAGUCCAGCUGAAAGCUGGAUCCAAGGUUCUCCUUCCGAAAUCCAGUGCUUUUAAUCGCACUGUCGCUGGUCAAAUUCCAACUGGAUGGUCAGCCAAGCGGUACGGCAUUGAAGAUGACAUCAUUGAGCAGGUCGACCCUGUUACUCUUUUCAGUUUGGUUUGCACAGUCGAAGCACUUUUGUCAUCGGGAAUUGUCGAUCCGUAUGAGCUAUAUGAGCAUAUUCAUCUGUCCGAAGUUGGCAACUGCAUAGGAUCGAGCAUGGGCGGCCUGUCUUCUUUGAGGAGGAUGCACCGCGAUCGAUUCCUUGAUAAACCUGUCCAAGGAGAUAUUCUCCAGGAAACUUUCAUUAAUACGACAGGGGCUUGGAUCAACAUGCUUCUUACGUCUUCGACUGGUCCUAUCAAGACACCUGUUGGGGCUUGCGCUACAUCCUUGGAGUCACUCGAUACAGGCUAUGAUCUGAUAGUGGCGGGCAAAGCCAAGGUCUGCAUUGUCGGAGGUGUUGAGGACUUUGUCGAAGAUGUUUCCUAUGAGUUUGGUAGCAUGAACGCUACUUGUGACACUGACAAAGAGUUCGCUGCUGGGAGAAGUCCGGCUGAAAUGUCACGUCCCACGGCGGCCUCGAGGAGCGGAUUUGUCGAGUCGCAAGGGUGCGGUAUACAAAUCUUGACAACCGCUGAGCUGGCCCUUGAAAUGGGGCUUCCGAUCUUUGGUGUAGUUGCCCAUACGAGCAUGGCCGCCGAUAGGGUGGGCCGCUCAGUGCCAGCGCCGGGCAGAGGUGUUCUCACCAAUGCUCGAGAAUCAAAUUUAGGACGGAAGUACAUGACACCUUCGCCUUUACUUGACAUGGGAUAUCGGCGCCGACUCUUAAACAUGAGGCUUGAGCAGGUGAACGACAAUUUUCAAACGAACUUGGACCUCAUGGAGCACGAGAUUCGCUACAUCAAGGAGAUGGGGACAGAAGGCUUCGACGAGGAGCAGUAUCGACGUGACAACAUCGCCACCUUUGAUGAUGACCUCAAAAAGCAAGAAGCUGACUUGAGGUUCGCCUUGGGAAACAAUUUCUGGAAGAGCGAGAAGCAGAUCGCACCUAUCCGGGGCAGCUUGGCAACCUGGGGGUUAGGCAUUGACGAUCUGACGGUUGCAUCCAUGCAUGGAACAUCGACAGUUAAAAACGACCUGAACGAGGCAUCAGUACUUCAAGAGCAAAUCAAGUACCUUGGGAGACAAGAGGGAAAUCUCUUGCCGUGCGUGUGUCAGAAAUGGCUCACGGGUCAUUCAAAGGGAGCUGCUGGUGCCUGGAUGCUGAAUGGAGCUCUGCAAAUGAUGGAUUCAGGUCUCAUACCCGGCAACCGCAAUGCUGACAAUAUCGACACAGAGUUACGCCAAUACAGCUUGCUCCACUUCCCUAACAUGACAAUCAAGUCAGAAGACAUCAAGGCCUGUUCUGUUACCUCGUUCGGAUUUGGGCAGAAAGGAUCCCAGGCCAUUCUCGUCCACCCCAAGUUUCUAUUCGCAACAGUUUCUUCCACGACUUACCACGAUUAUGGUAUCAAGAGAAACGAGAGAUCAAAUAAAGCCAACAGACACUUCAACUAUGGGCUGCUACACGAACGUAUUGUCAACACGAAGACCUCACCGCCAUACCAGACUGAUGGUGAAUCUGAGGCUUUGCUCGACCCAGUCACUCGUUUCUUUACUAAGUAG